CAUUUUUUGCUGGGGGAAUGCGAGGACUGCUUGUUUCAAAACGCGGGAGGGAUUGUUCUCUCUCCAUGUGCUGUGCGCCCAAAAGUCGACCAACAAUGAGCGGGGUCACUGGUGUCUUUUCAGCUCCCUCAUCGAAAACGAGCAAGAACAAGGAAACAAAAGGGAGCCAGCCAAGACGAGCACGCAUCAAAAAGCAACUUGGCCACUACCGACACUUUCUUGGCCACACACACUUCUGAACCACCUUCGCACACCAGCACAAAUUACCAUGACCGACCCCGCCCGACAGCCCAUCUCUUACGCCAACGGACUAGAGACCCAUGUACAGCUCGACGCACGGCUGGCGCAGGAUUCUGCGGGGAAGGCCAACAACACUAUCCAUGGCAUCCCCCCAUUCACUGUGCCCCGCGCCGACGGCACAUUGGAGGCCAGUCCAGACAUCCGAGCGAACGUACCGCACACAGCAACCGUCCGGAUGAUGCGUCGGCGACAGAACGAGGCCCUCCGGAGUGACCAGGACGGCGACGGCAACUACACCAACCACCAAGGUUACCGUGAUGGACAGAACGAUAACGACGGGGAUGGAAGUGGUGAGAAUUUACCAGGAAGGGGAGACCAUUCGUCAUCGAACCAUGGACAUCAACACGGACUGUCUGGCAAACUGAAAGCAGGUGUCGCCACCAGAAGACCGUUUCUUCAGAGAUUGCGCAAGGCCGCGAUGCCGACCUUGUUUGGAGCCCUCAUCGGAUGGUACUACGAUGCAGUAGACGUCUUGGUCUACAGGAAUGAUCCACGCAUUAAAGGAACCCUGUUGACAUUCUCACUCCUGUGUCUAUUGACGAUGCUCUCCAUCUUCUUCUACCUCGAGUUCAUUCGCCCAAUCAUCCGUGGGAAGCGUACCGAAUAUGUAAACUGGGAAAAAGAGCUGCUCUAUCCUGUCAGGAUUGCGACCGCGUCUCUCGUCCUGGGAUCGAUCGGAUCAAACAUUGCUCUGUGGCCUGUGUGGCACCUCUCCACAGUAUUUGUCCUCACUGUCCUAGCCGUCGCCAUCGUCAAUGUUCUAGGCAUCUUUUUCUAGCCCAAUACUUCGCAAAUAUGAAAAAUCCAUCCACACAUGCAUAUCAAAAUAAUAGUCAUAAUCUUCCUCCUCGACUCCUCCCUUGCAUAGUCAUCCGCAAUAGAUA